CGUUGGUUCCCGGUGUGUGCGGUCUUCUCAGAGAAUCACUGACAGGUCACCAAGGAACCUCGGGAACGGCGGCGGGCGCCGGGUGGCAGAGGCGGGUCUCGGAGACCCCAAAUCCCGCUGCGUCCCACUGUGGUUCGGGGGUGAGAAAGAGCCGGGCUGGGAGUUCUGGGACCUGGGUUCAAGUGCUGCCUCCGCUGCUACCUUGCUUUGCACUGUCGCGACCCCUCGCUCGGCCUCAGUUUCCUCUUUUAGGAAAUGGACAUCGUUCACCGUGCCUUUCCUUCCACCGGUGGUGGUUGUAAAGGCACGAAAUCUCUUCGAAAGUCGCAGUCAGCACGUGGAGCCUCUCGCCUUAAUUUUCACCAGGGUUACGUGGGACCGCCUUGGUCCCAGCAGAGCAGUCCGGGAUUGGUGGAACGUUCCUGGAAUGCUUCUCGGGACGCCUGAUCCGGACCAGAACAGAGCCCGAAGGGCGGUUGAGAAGACUGAGUCCUACAAGUGUUAAGGGGUCUGCUCAAGGUGCCUCACUUCAUAAGAAUUAGAGCCCAGGCCCCAGCCUAUCAGCCUGCCAGUAGGUGUUAAGGAGUGCCUGAGUGGAAUGGCUGCAGGAUGGUUCUACCUGUCUCUCCUGGCGCUGUCAGCCCUGGGCUUGAUGUGCAUCCUGUUUACCAUCUAUUGGAUGCAGAGCUGGCAUGGUGGCUUUGCCUGGGAUGGUACCAUAUCCAUGUUCAACUGCCACCCAGUGCUCAUGGUUGCUGGCAUGGUGGUGGUCUACAGUGCUGCUUCACUGGUGUACCGUCUGCCCCAGUCUUGGGUGGGGCCCAAGCUGCCUUGGAAAAUCACCCACGCGUCCCUGCAUCUGCUGGCCUUCAUCCUGACCGUGCUGGGGCUGGUGGCCGUCUUUAAAUAUCAUAACAAUCACAAUAUCCCCAACCUCUACUCCCUGCACAGCUGGUUGGGCAUCACCGCCGUCUUCCUCUUCGCCUGCCAGUGGUUCCUGGGCUUUGCCAUCUUCCUCCUGCCCUGGGCGUCCAUGUGGCUGCGCAGUCUCCUUAAACCUGCCCACGUCUUCUUUGGAGCCUCCAUCCUCUCUCUGGCCAUUGCAUCGGUCAUUUCCGGCGUUAAUGAAAAGCUUUUCUUCAGCUUGAAAAACACCACCAAGCCGUACUCCAGCCUGCCCGGUGAGGCUGUCUUUGCCAACAUCACUGGGAUGCUGGUAGUUGUCUUUGGGCUGCUGGUGCUCUAUAUCCUGCAGGCUUCAUCGUGGAGACGCCCGGAGGUGGGGAUCACGACUGAAGGACAGCCCCUGUUGCAUGAAAGGGAGUGAAGCGGGAAGGGGCUCCCAGGAGCAGUCGGGGGCGCAGUCCCCUCAGAAGCUCUGUGUACCUGGGCUCCCGUCUGGUUUUCUCAACAGACUUGCUUUGGGCUCUGGGCCCCAACCUCGCCCCGUCCCCCAUGCUGGGCCUGCUCUCUCCACCAAUGUGCUUCCCACGGCUUUUCUUGGUGGCUCUGGCUCCUGUGCACCCCUUCUUGGCAUCGGCUUCUGAAGUCCUCCACUUACAUGGGCUGCUCACUCCACUCCUGCUGUCUGGCUGAAGUCAAGCUGAUUUCCCCUUUAGGCCCCUUGGGAUGUGGCAGGAAAUCCCAACAGCUCAGAUGAGCCGGACUCAAGUGCAAUCUGCAACAGGGGAAGUGAGGGAGGUGAUGCACCCCUCAGCUUCCUUGAAUGUGUGCAUUUCAUUAAGGCGCCCGCCAUGGGGUGGGCUUCCUCGGCCCCCUUACCUGUGCCUGGCCCUCCUGGACGGAGGCUGGGGGGGACAUCGGGACGGAAUGGAAGGAGAAGGGGAGGAUGGCAGAGCAGCUUCUGUUGAGAAGCUGAGGCACUGACUGCUCUUCUCCUGUCUGCCCUCUGUGCCUGCAUCCACUGUGACCGUGUGGCUCCACCUCUUCUAGCUGCGGCUACAGCUGGGGUCUGGGUCCCGGCCUGUCCCUGUGACUUAAAUGCCCGUCCCUGUCAGGCAGCCCAAUGAGCCCCACUAACCUGCUGUCCCCACCUCUCCCAACAGGGAUGAGUAGCAGGGGUGCCCCAGACUACCUCUGCUUUCCUUCCAGAGGAGGGUUUCCCUGCCUGUCCCCGGGCAGGUUCAACCUUGCUCUCUAGGCAGGGCCCUUACUCAGCUGAUUUUCACUCCAACCCACCAUGACAUGUGCCAAAGUGUGGUGCUUUGUACCCAGCAGAGCCUAGAAGCCAUGGCCACCUUCAAAGGUGUUUUUUGCUGAGCAUCAGAGUGCCUCACCGCCCCCGACAAUGGCUGCCUGCACAGCCAGCCCCUGCCAUGCGCCAAGCUAGCGUGCUGAGCUGUAGCUCUUGCCCCAGGGGAAGUGGGUGGGGAGGGAGGAGUCUGGCUUCUCUCCUAUGUGUGGGCACUAUGGUUUCUGCUGCCCUCUCCAGAGGAGCCCUGCUGGGUCUCAGGCGCCACGCCGCCAAGCACCGUGACCCCUCGGGUCCAGAGUGCUUACUCGCUGGCCAGUGGCAGUGUGGCCGACAGGCCACCACAGCCCCACGUGGCCAGAUGCCGGCAGGAUGACUAUGACCAAGCCUCUCCAGUGGCUGAAGGCUUCAAAGCCAUCGGGGUGACUGCCAGUUACCUCGGUCACAUGGUAGGUUGUAUGAGUAGGCGUUUCACUUGUGUAUGAAGCCUGAUUUUCAUUA